CAGAUCAUGAAAAGGGAUCUGGAAUCCGUCCCCGUCGUUCGGGGAGUUCUCAUGGGGUGCUGUUUGCGGAGCAAAUCGCUGCCGAGUGGCUCGCCGUGGCUGGCAUUCGCGCUCCUUGUGGCCGUAGCGCACCGCACCGGCACCUUUUGCGGCGGUGCUCCGCUGCUGUUCAAGCGGAGUGGACGAACGUUCGCAGCGGGGCGCCUGGCCACGGACCCCAACUUCGCAGCGAAUGUUGGGGAGGCAACUGAGACGGUGAGGAGCGACCACGCCCAAAUCCCUCGUUUGGCUCCUGGCUUGAACGUCGCAGAUCCUCGUGUGUCCUUGGAAAUCGCACAGGUGUGGUCACAUGCGGACAGCUCAGUGGAUGAUCUUUGAAGACUAUAGAUGUAACAUGAUCUUUGGGAAAAGCUGGAAGAACACGUGAUACUCAUUGAUACUCAUGUUUCUGCACAAGUUUCUGCACAAAGCUUGCCAAUGCAUGACCAAGUCACCACUCUUCACCAGACUCAUUGGCCCUGAGGUGAGCGCCCUGAGAUUCUCUGGACUCACGCAAUACCGCGAAUUCUGGGACAAUUUUCGAUCUGGAGUAGAGCUGGUGAGUGCCUCUGCCAUCAGCGAGGUGGUGAAUGUGGUGCAGUCUGGCUUAUACUUGCGGGUCCGCUGGCGGUUGAUCAUGAAGCCGAAAGAUGUCUUCUCCGGCGCUUUGGGCGGGGUGCAAGCCGCCCAAGGAGCCUUUGGCAACCUGCGACAAGCGGUGCCGAAGGAUUUGCCCUUCCAAGCGAAUGAUUUCUUCCGCCAAGCCGAGCAAUGGACCUCUCAGGCCUCCGCCGCGGCGGCCGAGGCCGCCCGCGACGCGUCGGAGGCCGAGAGGGUGGUGGAGUUCAACUCCAUCUACGAGCUCGAUUGCUGGAGCGGGCGGAUUGUGAAGCACACCUUGGAGUUCCGAAGCCCCGAAGAAAAUUUCGAUCUGCUGGGCACCUUGGCAGGAAUGCCCGCACGAUGAUGGAUCCCAAAAA